UGGAACGUCAUCACGCCGCGGUAACAGUGACACCGAUCAGCAGCUCUAUAUCGGAAUUUAAGCGCUUGUAAGACACAGUAAAGAGAAGCAGUAGGUUUAAUUCUGCAGUUUGUUUAUUAAUCUGCUUUAUCGCUUUGAGAGUCGAGAGGACUUUACGACACAGUGGUAAAUAAUGGCAGUUUUGGGCAGCGCGUGCCGGCUCCUACAGUUGGUCAGAUGUGGUCCGCCAGUCAGUUUGUGCAUGAGUGUGUCUCUCAGACGACAGUCGACGGCUACAGCAGCUGCGUUUGCCAGUUCACCCACUCCAGAGACACGAGAGAGCAGCAGAAAACCCAAAACAGGGAUCCUGAUGCUGAACAUGGGCGGCCCCGAGAAACUUGAAGAUGUUCAUGAUUUCCUCCUUCGGCUCUUUAUGGACACAGACCUCAUGCAACUUCCUGUACAGAAUAAACUCGGCCCGUUUAUUGCUAAACGACGCACCCCAAAGAUCCAAGAGCAAUACAGCAAGAUCGGAGGAGGGUCACCCAUCAAAGCCUGGACCACCAUGCAGGGAGAAGGGAUGGUCAAACUCCUGGACGAGAUUUGCCCAGAGACGGCUCCUCAUAAGUUCUAUAUUGGUUUCCGGUAUGUUCAUCCACUCACUGAAGAUGCCAUUGAACAGAUGGAGAAAGAUGGUGUACAGAGAGCUGUAGCCUUCACACAGUAUCCACAAUACAGCUGCUCCACUACAGGCAGCAGUCUGAAUGCGAUCUACAGAUACUACAGUAACCGUGGCGACAGGCCAAAGAUGAGCUGGAGUGUGAUUGACAGGUGGCCGACACACCCUCUACUGAUCGAGUGUUUUGCAGAGCACAUACGAAAUGAACUGGACAAGUUUCCUCCUGAGAAGAGAGACGAUGUGGUGAUUUUAUUCUCUGCUCAUUCUCUGCCCAUGUCUGUUGUAAACAGGGGUGACCCGUACCCACAGGAAGUUGGCGCUACAGUUCAGAGGGUGAUGGAUCAGUUAGGUCACUGUAACCCGUACAGACUCGUCUGGCAGUCAAAGGUGGGGCCGAUGGCGUGGCUGGGGCCGCAGACUGAUGAGGUCAUCAAGGGUUUGUGUCAGCGCGGGAAAAAGAACCUCCUGCUGGUGCCCAUCGCGUUCACCAGUGACCACAUCGAAACGCUGCACGAGCUCGACAUCGAGUAUUCGCAGAUCCUCGGAGAGGAGUGUGGUGUGGAGAACAUCCGAAGAGCAGAAUCUCUGAAUGGAAAUCCACUGUUUUUCAGGGCAUUGGCCGAUCUGGUUCAGUCUCAUUUGAAGUCAAACGAGCCGUGUUCUCGUCAGCUCACUCUGCGCUGUCCGCUCUGCGUCAACCCCACCUGCGGUCAGACCAAAGCCUUCUUCUCCAGCCAGAAACUCUGACCUUUGACCUCUCAGUCGCCAUAAAGAGUGACAUCAUUUCAAACCCGCGGUGGAUGGAGGUGUUCUGCGACCCGUCUGGGUAUCUGUUGUGGACGGGAGGGUGUCACAGGGGUGAUUGUGGACUGGGGUGAAAUAAGCAUUCAAACACCGCCCUCAUUGAAGACAAGCACACUUUUACCCCAGCUUACAUCCAGCCACGACAUAUUAAACCCUUGCUGUUUAAUUUCCAGCUUCCUCUUCCCCUCUCGGUCUGUCUUUCUGUCCUGUUUUUCCCUUCAUGCACUUGAUAUGUUUGAACCCUUUGAGAAUGCGUGCAGUCCCAAAAAAAAUAAUAAAUAAAAAUGCAAAAACAGUCAGCGUGGAACAAAUAAACAAAGUUUUUUCAGAGUGGAAACAGCAAAUAAACAAGGUGCUAAAAUUCGGAUCGCUGUGGUGAUAAUGGCUUUAAAGGAACAGCUCAGCAAAAAAUCAUUUAGUCGCCCUCAUGUCGUUCCAAACCCGUAUGGCGCAAAACAAACAGAAAAAUGUUUUUCCAUACAAUAAAAGUGGAUGGGGACUCUCCAGAAAAGACAGAAAAAGCAUAACAAAAGUUUUCCAUGCAACUUGUGCUGUAUUCAGUGUCUUUUGAAGACAUACGAUUGUUUUGCUCUUGGAACGGACCGAAAAUUUAAGUUGUUAUUCACUGAAAAUCAUUCACGUUUGCCAAACGCCACUGGUUAUCUGAGAGCGACAGUCUAUCUGUGAAUAACAACUUCAGUUUUAGUCUGAUUCUUGCACAAAGCUAUCAAACAUCUUCAAAAGGCUUGGAAUGUAGCGCGUGAGUCGUAUGAAUUAAUUUAUUGUCCUCUUUGGAGCUUCAUAGCUCCUGGUCACUGUAUGCUUACAUUGUUUGGAAAAGAGCAGCUUGAACAUUCUGCUAAACAUCUCCUUUUGUGUUCCACAGAAGAAAGUCAUAUAGGUUUGGAACAACAUGAGGGUGAGUAAAUGAUGACAUAAUUUUCAUUCUUGGGUGAACUUUUUCUUUAAAACAACCACCCUGCACCACGUCUACAAUCGAAACCGCAUCGGAAGUUACUCUUCCGGUUCUUGGAGUCGCCUGUGCCUACACGUCAUAACGCUAUGCUGACAAAUCAUGUUUCUGCUCAGCGCCUUCGAAAUCUUGUGCCUUCUCGCUGGGUGCGUGACCAAUCGCAUCUCGCAGUCUGUGCUUUAAUGAUUUGAAGAACAGUCGCAGUUCCACGUUUAACAUAAACACGAGUUGUGAUGUGUGUAUCAAUGUGUGUGUGUGAUGUAGAUUAGAAACGUUUAAACAUCUUUAGUCGUCACAUGAUCGAGACAGAAAUAUGAACAUGUCUUCCUUUCGUAUUUAUUGUGAGUCACUGUUGUUUUCUCUCUCGUGGCGUGUUGUUGUCGUGAGAGAAUCAAACAAAACAUGUCUGGGUCACAUAUAAUACGAAAAUCAGAAGAAAAAUAUAAUAUAAAAUAUUUAGCAGGAAAAAGAAUAUUGCAUUGUGACAUUAUUUUCAUGGAAAUUGAUUUUGUGUUUCAUUGUAUUACAGUAAAAUGACUUAUUUUAUAUCUUUUAAAUUUAAGUCACAAUUACCCCCUCCAAAAAAGAAGAAAAAUUUAAUAAAAUAUAAAAUAAUUUAUUUAUAUAAUAUUGGUCAUUAUCAUCUGAUUCUCAUUUCUGUUAUACUGUAUUCAUUAUAUAUUCAAGUAUAUAUAUAUAUAUAUAUAUAUUAAUUUUUAUUAUUAUUUUUUACUAAUAAUUUUUUUCAUAGUAAUGAGAUUCAGUAUAGGUUUUCAUUAUAGUGAUGAGAAUUUGGGGCUAAGAUAUGUUUGUAAUUAAAAUAAUGACAAAUCCUAAAAAUAGUCUUCAUUGUCUUUAUACAAAUUAUAAUUUCUUUCUUUUGAUUUUUAAGGUGAUAUAUGACCUGGACGUGUUCUUGACAGGUUUGGUGAGAUUCACCUUCAUAGCUCACGCUGUUGUUGAUUAAGUGCAGAUAUAUGGCUGCCCAGGACCCAAUAACCUGUGUGUGUGUGAGUGUGUGUGUGUGAGUGUGUGUGUGUGUGUGUGUGUGUGUGUGUGUGUGUGUGUGUGUGUGUGUGUGUGUGUGAGUGUGUGUGAGUGUGUGUGUGUGUGUGUGUGUGAGUGUGUGUGUGUGAGUGUGUGUGAGUGUGUGUGUGAGUGUGUGUGUGAGUGUGUGUGUGUGUGUGUGAGUGUGUGUGUGUGUGAGUGUGUGUGUGAGUGUGUGUGUGUGAGUGUGUGUUUGUAUGUGUGUGUUUGUAUGUGUGAGUGUGAGUUUGUGUAGGUGUGAGUGUGUGUGUGAGCGAGCGAGUGUGUGAGUGUGUGUGGUGUGUGAGUGUGAGUUUGUGUAGGUGUGAGUUUGUGUAGGUGUGAGUGAGUGUGUGAGCGUGCGUGUGAGCGUGCGUGCGUGUGUGAGUGAGCGAGCGAGUGUGUGUGUGUGAGUGUGUGAGUGAGUGUGUGUGUGUGUGAGUGAAUGUAUGUGUGUGUGUGUGUGUGUGUGAGUGAGCGAGUGAGUGAGCGAGUGAGUGAGCGAGUGAGCGAGUGAGUGAGCGAGUGAGUGAGCGAGUGAGUGAGCGAGUGAGUGAGCGAGCGAGUGUGCGAGUGAAUGUGUGUGUGUGAGUGUGUGAGUGUGUGAGUGUGUGAGUGUGUGAGUGAGUGAGUGAGUGAGUGUGUGUGUGUGUGUGUGUGUGUGUGUGUUGUGCUCUGUGGGCCGCAGGAGCCUCCUGGUAAUUGAAAAGUGGAAUGCUGGCUGCACCGACUCUCUGACCUCUAAUUGAGAGAGAGCAUUGAUUUCUGCAGAGAGCGAGAGAGAGAGAGACAUUCAGCUGCAGGGGGGAUGGUACAGAUAUGAACGAGUGAGUGAUUUUGUUGGGGCGAGACUGAUCAAAUUGACGAUUGGAACGGGCAGCUCUGGUGAAAGAAAAACGAAUGGAGCAAAAGAGAGAAAGAGAAGCGUGCCAGAUAAUUACAUUUCUUCUCCAUGGACAUUUCUUCAGCCCUAAGAUGUUUGUUUUUAGCAUAUUCUUUUUUUUUUUAUUAAAAUGUUUUGUGACGGAUGUGUUCUGGAUUCGUCAGGUGACUUCCCCAGAUUUUUAUUCUGGAUACAGCUGCAAAAACGCACAAAAUAAUAUAAAGGACGUUUGUUCACACCUGAAUCUCUCUGCUCCGAUGAAGUCUCAUGUCAUUACCGUCAUGCAAAAAAAAAAAAGAAGUUUAAAUUGUUAACUGUAAAGUACAAUUGUAAUAAUGAUAAUCUUUGUUGAAUUUAAUUUAAUUAGUUGAUUUUUUAUUUUUUUUUUUUUUAUUAUUUGUGUCUGGACAGGAUGAUUACCGACAAUUAGAUUUUUUUUCUUUUCGCAUUACAGUAAUGAGUGUUUUUUUUGUUGUUGUUUUUUUCACAUAAUGGAAAUGAAAAUUUUGCGAAAAUGUAUUUAAUUGUCAUGAAAAUCAUGUCACAAAGAGAGAGAUUUUCUUGCAUUGUGACGUUUUAUUCAGUUAUUACACAAAAUGAGAAUCAAAUCAAUGAAUCGAAUGAAAAACACCACUGAGAGAAAUUCAAUUAAAUAUAAUAAAAUGCACAGACACAUUACAGUAAUGUUACAUUUGUGGCGAACUGUGCAUAAUUGUGACUUAAAAAAUAAAAAUAAAUAUGCAGUUUUUUACUGUAAUACAAAAGAAUAUCAAAAAAUAAUUAAAUUAAUAAUAAUUAAAAUCAAAAUAAAGAAAAGUUUUUUUUUUUUUUGCAUUGUAUUUCUUUAUUUUGAUUUUUCUUAUUUAUUUUUAUUUUCCUUUUCCUUAUUUCUUGCUUUUGUAUAACAGUAAGAAUAACAUUUUGAAGUCAUAAUUAAUCGCCUCAAAUUUAUCAUUAAUUGAAUGCAAUUUAUUUGAUUCAAUUUCUCAGUUCUCUCAGUGAUCUUCAUUUGGUUCAUUGCAUGUAUAACAGUAAUGAGAAUGAUAUAUGUGCAUAUAUCAUGGCCUUAAAAAUCAUUUUCUUGAACAAAGUUUACUUCUGUUAUUUGUUCCUUUUGAUUUAGGGCUGAAAAAAAGACUUGGAUAUUUCUUGGAUAAAUCAGAGAUUUAUUUAUAACGAUGCUUUUAUUUUAUUUUAAUUGAAUUUAAUUUUCACUUUGCCUUAUUGCUUUCUGCUUUGCAUUUCAGUCUGGACGUGUCAGACGGGACACACAUUUAGAUUUGUGAUUUAUUUUUAGUUUAAUAAUAAAGAUUCAUUAUUAUUUAAGAAAA